GCAGCAGGAGCCAAUGAGCAAAGGCUUUGCUGGGGGGACGGUGUAGUCCGGUCAUGGCGGCUGCGUGGGCGCGCGGCCUGCGCCUCUGGGCUGGGCUGGCCGGCGGCAGGUUCCCGCUGCUGCCUCCCGUCGCGGCCUGGGCCCCGCAGAGCCGGGGGGCCGCCUCCAUCCUGAGCGCCUGGAGGCCGGCGGGACUCUGCCAGCGCGGCCCGGGGCAGGCGCCGGGCUGGGGCUGCCCGCCAGCGCGCACCAGGGCCCGCGGCAACGAGUACCAGCCCAAGAACUUGAAGCGGAAGCGGACCCACGGCUGGAUGAAGCGCAUCCGCACGGCCAGCGGCAUCGAGGUGAUCCUGCGGCGCAUGCUGAAGGGCAGGAAGUCGCUGAGCCACUGAGGGACGGCGCCGCCGGGCUCGGCCCCGACCUCCGCGGCGAUCCGGGAAACGUGCCGGGGACCCGAGGAUGCUCGGCGCCACGCCCAAUCCGGGGUGCCGCUUAUCCCCCUCCCCUCCCAUGACUGGCUUCGUCAAGCGGCUCGGGGUUGUUCUCGAGGGCGAAGUCGCUCUGUCUCGCAAGCGGAGGGAGAGAUUGUGAAACCAGAUUUGUCAUUAAAAUGAAUCUGUCUCCUG